AUAAUUGGAGACCUGCAGAAUUAUGAAAGAAGAAAAUCAACUUCAGAAUUGUGAUGACAGUGCUGAUGGAUAAGAAGGAUAAGGAGCCAUUGGAAUGGUACGCCAAUAAUAAAGUGCUUGGUGCCCGCCUGCCUAAACAGUUUGCUCUUCCCCACCGGCUUGCGCAACUGCAGUCUGUCGCUUAGCGUCACGUCUCAGCGACUCUCGAGAACAACAAGUCCCUGUCGCCUGAGGGGAGCAGAGGUGAGGGGGACGCUCAGCGAGAAUAUCGUUUUUUUUUUUUUUUUUGCCUGCUACUUCCUCAUGAACACUGCCCCCGGUUUUUUUUUUACCAACUUUCACUCAGUAUUGCACAACAUUAGAGGAGGAAAGUGGAAACAGCAUUCUGCCCACGCAGCAGGCGCCGCUUGGAGUGCGUGCGUGUAGACAUUGAGAGGCAAUUAUCAUCACGGCGUACGCCAUUGAACGACACCAAGCGUACACCGGUCAGGCACGCGUCCCGCCGCCUUCCUUCCUUCCCUCUCACAGCGAGCGUUGGUGCUCCCGGCGUGGGAGAGGAGGGUGCGCUGUGGCGCCAUUUUCCGCGUGAAACCAAAACCUCGUGCGAGAGACAGACGCCGCGCGCCACGAUUAUCGACUGGACGUGCUGAUCCGGCCCUCAGCCGCGCGUCAUGAGCGGUUACCUGCAGGACCUCGAUAAACGCCAGCGCAGUGCUCUGGAGCAGUUUCGCACGGCGGUGGCGGAUGUCCGGCGCCCGGAGGACACCGACGCCUACUUGCUGCGAUGGUUGCGAGCACGAGAGUUCGACACCGCCCGGGCGGAGCACAUGUUUCGUCAGCACCUGCGAUGGCGCCAGCAGUGUGACGUGGACAGCCUGCUUACCGACUAUCAGGUGCCCAAGGUGAUGCGCGAGCACUUUCCGGGAGGCAUCCUCGACUGCAAUCCCAAGGGACAUCCAGUCUGGGUAAUAAAUGUCGGAAGUGUAGACAUCAAGGGUUUUCUACAGGUGCUGGCCCCGUCCGAAAUUUGCCGGCACUGCAUGUACCUGCUCGAAUUGCAGGAGAAGAUCAAGAGGGAGGCUUCGCGCAAGUUGGGACAAUCGAUAGAUACCCAGUACAUCAUUGUGGACCUCGAAGGCUUCUCUAUUCGUCAGCUGUACUCUUGGCAAGUGAUCGAGCUCUUGACUGACCUGCUCAAGAAGUACGAGGCCAACUAUCCAGAGUCGCUUGAAAAGGGAUUCGUCAUUAAUGCGCCCAACUUUUUUCCGGUACUGUGGAAGAUUGUCCGCCCAUUUCUCACGCAGCGGACGGUGGACAAGGUGGCCAUCUAUGCCAAAGAUGGCUGGAAGGACGACUUGGUCAAGUACGUGGACCUGACCAAGCUGCCGGUCCAGUGGGGCGGAUCUCUGACGGGACCUGACGGGGACCCGCGGUGCCCGCACUUGGUGUGCCCCGGCGGCGAGGUUCCCGACGAGUACCGCAAAGAUCUCGCCUCCAAGCAGCUGUGGGGCCGCCAAGGGGUGCAGCAGUUGAGCGUCGAGCGCCGUGACCGCUUCGAGCUCGCCGUGCUUGUGGAGCAGGCCGGCUCUCGGCUUAUCUGGACCUUCCAAACGGCCAAGGGAGACCUGGCUUUCGGGUUGCGUUUCCGACCAUCGUUGCCCUGUGGCGCCGGCGGGGAGGAGCAGCUGCUCGAGGUGGAGCGCGUUCCUUCCUGCAGCCUGAUACCCGAGCACGGCUCACACGUGUGUACCCGGCCCGGAACCUAUUUGCUGCAGUUUGACAACUCAUUCAGCUGGCUGAACAGCAAGGUCGUGGCCUACGAGGUGAAGAUUGUGCCGCCGCCUUGACAGCUCCAGAAAUUACGGCGGCCGUCCGCAGGAGCACGGGCGCACUAAAGCCACGGGCAACAUUAUUAAACCUCUAGCCUCCGGCAGCACAGCUUCACUCCUGAGCCGCAUAGCCGACAGUGGUGAUGACAGCGGGACGGCCGCUCCAGCCGCCAGUGGGGUCACGUGAAUAGUAGCGAAGGCCGAACUCCCAGCCGUCUCCGUCGCAGAAACCGGCGUGCAUCAAGCCCAUUCACGCGACGGCGAUUGUGAGGAUCUGAUGCGUCAGGGUUCGCACAUUCCUCACGCCACGAUGGACUCGCCCCUGGCUUUCAGCAAAGCACGUGAUUCUCCUUCAUUCCUCUGCUGCCUUCCCCUCAAUUCGAGAAGAAAAAUUUCUCGUGUGCCAAUAAAAGCGUAUAUUUAUUGUUUAA